AGCAGUAUUGCGCAAUUAAUAUUAAUGAGCUCAGCCUUCGCCAUAUGUAUGGCGGUUGUAUGGGCAGGAUGACAACACCUUCAUUAUUAACGCAGUUAUUCUAUGUUGAAACAAAAAGUACAUGUAUAAUAAUUGACAUGUAGUUAUUUCGAUAAAUAAAUAUACGCAAAUGAAAUGCUUGUGUAGUGUGGUGUCUGUGGUUCUGGGUGAGUCCCUCGAGACUUCCUCUCUGAGCUCUAGUGUCAGCGCGCGCAGAAGACCAGCUCAGUGUGUGAUUGUGUGUCAGCUGUGAGAGAUGGGAGACCUCCAGUCUCUGCGAGACUUCAUCAACUGUCUGGAUCAAAAGUCUCUACCCCGCAUCCUGCAGGUCUGCUCGGGGGUUUACUUCCAGGGUUCCAUUUAUGAGCUUUCAGGGAGCGAAGUGUGUUUAUCUACUGGAGAUCUGGUGAAGGUGAUUGGUUUAGAGCUUCUGUCUGCAUCUUGUGAGGAGAUUGACACUGGAGCUUCAUUUGAAUUGCCUACUCAAUAUCCAGGUCACUUCAGUCUCGUCGCUGAGGACCUACCGUACAAUACAAUAGAGGAAAUUGUGGGUUUGUGUCCUGUUGGAGUGGACGCCUGCGGCUCCUUCACCUUCAUAUGCCAAAACGAGCUGACUAUAGACGACUUCACGCUAUCUGCAGGAAAACAGCUGACCCUGCUGUCAGUGGAGGUCGCCAGAGAUGGAGAAAGACUGGCACGGUGUCAGGUGCUGGGGCAGAACAUGGCCUCUGCAGAGAUGCUCCUUCCUCUGGCCCUCAAAGGAGAGUUUUACGAGUGUCAAAGUGACCAUGGCUACUCUCUACAGGAAAUCAUGUCGUCAUCCAGACUGAGCUGCCGUCGCUUCCGCAAUACAACUGAGAACAACAGUGGAAGCUCGUUGAUCUUCAGCCCAGUGUAUGAAAUCAGUGCCAUCAUGCAUAUGAGGAAGAACGUUGUCAAGUUCCCAUCCAGCCUGGAAGUGGAUGUCCAGGAUGUGACAGAACAGUACCAGGAUUUAGUUUUCAUAACUCCUUUUUCAAUGACUGAAGUUGCGAGUCAGCCAACGGAGUCCUUCCCGACUAUGGCAGAGAUCCUCGAUGGCCCAGAAGGCAACCAGUUUUUUAAUUGCAGCUGGUUCCAAGAACUGCAAAGAGGCAGGCGGCUCGUGUUACAUGCGUAUGGCACAAAAACAAUGAUAUUAGCCUCAACUCCAAAGGGGAGGAAGGGAAAACAGUACUUCAUCAUCUCAGAGGGGUACGGGGGACGAAUGAGAAGGAGGGCGCGGGAAUUUGGAUCAGUGUACGAGCUAUACUUGGCAAGCUCUCAGUCUCCGGGUUUGAAAGUAAGCGUGACUCGGCACUGCGAGGCGGUGGAGGAAGAGGGAAUGCCUGCGCUCAGCGUCGGAGAGCAGCUGGAGGUGUUGGGAAAGGCGCUGAUGGGCGGACUCGGGGAUAAAUCUGGAGCUGCUCAGAAAGUUGAAUGUUUAAUUUGCAAACGAACUAUGGAGGUGGACGAUGAGGACGAGGAGGAAGAGGAUAGCGAGGAAAUCUCUUUGCCGUUGUUUAUGACAGGUCACUUUGUGGAAAAGCUUUCGGACAACAAAAAGUAUAAAUUAACAGAUAUCAUAAGCAGCUCUUUGCCUCUGGAUGUUAAAGUUGUGACUCGGGAUAAAGACCUAGAAAAAGAUCCCCUGAUGGGGUUACCAGCACUUAAGCUUGAGGAGACUUUCACGGAGACCGUAGUGUUGACAAGCCUACCAAAUAAACCAGACUGCUGCUUUGAGUUGCCAGUACGCUGGUUACAAAUGUCUCUCUGUUUCACCUCCGAUCAUUUGCCGUGGUCGGAGUCCCCAGAAUGUCACGUAGAGACAGUCACUGAGGUGACGGAGAAAUUCUACUAUGAAUAUCAUAAACUCGUAAGCAAAUUUGAGGAACCACCUCCUCGUCCACCAAAGAGGAAGUCAUCCAGUUCAGAAGUGCCCAAGUCCUCCAAGUCUGAAUCUAAAUCAACAAACUUAAGGAGCGCUGUGACUAAACAGCUCGACAACCUUUCGCUGGGUCAGGCAAAGGGAAAACGGGCUCCUGCUCCACCUCCACCUCCGCCAAAUGAUACUCCAGAGUCAGACCAACCCCCUCCACUGUUGCCUAGGAAAAGCUCCUCAAUACCUGAGAGCGUCAGUGUGCACAAUACGUAUGUGAAAACCCCAACAGUAGCACACAAAUCAGCACAGAGACUCUCUGGCUCUGACUCGGAUCAUGACUACGAGUAUAUCGAAGAAGCAAUUAAAAACCCCCAUGAAAGCUUCUUUUAUUAGUUCAAGGAUACUUGUAUUUUUGUCUUUGUAUUUGUAAUGUGUACUUUUUGUAAUUACUUUUUGUAUUGCUGUCUUCAUAGCAAGACGUGCCAAAGAAACCUAAGAAAUCAAAAAAAGCACCAGUUAAUAUGGAGUCUCCACUGUAUCCACAACUAAUGCUAGUCUGAAAUACUUUUCACUGUGUCUCAAUACUCAAAGACAAUGCAAGGAUUAACAAAUAGAACAUUUAUUGUACAUCAGACAAUGUCCUUUUCACUGCUUUUUCUUUAUGGCAUGCUGAAAGAAAAUAACUUUCGAUGAGUGUGCUUUUAUUAAAAUGACCAAAACUAA